AUGCACAGCUUUACCAUUAAUGCUUUUGGCCCGACCACUCGGAGACUUUACAACUACCUAAAGGCACAUGAAAAUUCAGUUAAGAAAAGUAUACGGUUGUGUUUUCACAGUCCAUCCCAAUUGCUAACAACAUUGGAUCUAGAUGAAUACACCCUUGACUCUAAACAGCAAGUUUGGGCCGCAUAUGCGUGCAUCAAUGAAAAUAUUUUACUUUAUGGUGUUACUUAUAAUCCACAAAAUAAAACUGUAUCGGCCAAAAAAUUUGAUGAUUAUAUGACAAAUAUUACUGAAAUAAUUUAUAAAGGCAGUAAACGGAUUUCUGGUAUCGGAAUG